AUGAAGAUCGUCAUAGCUCCGCAGGGAUUCAAGGCGGGCAUCUCGGGAAUGGAUGCCGCCCGCGCCAUCGCUCGCGGCGUUGCUGCCGCCGUUCCGGACGCCGAAACGGUCCUAGCCCCCGUUGCCGACGGCGGCGACGGGACGAUGAAUGCGCUGGUUGACGGCACUGGUGGAGAAGUGUUCACGAGCACCGUAACCGGGCCAUUGGGCCAGCCGAUUGACGCCCAGUGGGGCGUAAUGGGAGAUGGGCGGACUGCUGUGAUAGAGAUGGCGCUGGCGUCGGGUCUCGCCCUGGUGCCCCAACGCCGUCGCAACCCGCGGGUCACAACCACUGCCGGCACCGGCGAGAUUUUGAGGGAAGCCCUUGACCGGGGCUACACGCGCAUCAUCGUCGGUCUCGGCGGGAGCGCCACCAAUGAUGGCGGCGCUGGGAUGGCCACGGCGCUGGGAGCUCGUUUCCUGGAUGCUGCCGGGAAUCCCCUUGCCUCAGGUGGCAGCGCUUUGGCUCGCUUGGCUCGCAUCGAGGUCAAUGGUCUGCAUCCCAGGCUCAGUGAGGCAACCGUAAUCGCUGCCACCGACGUUACCAACCCGUUGUGCGGCCCGGAUGGUGCGUCUGCUGUAUUCGGCCCACAGAAGGGCGCGAACCCUGACAUGGUACAGGAGCUCGACGCCGCGUUGGCCAACUACGCCCGCGUCGUCUCCCGCGAUCUCGGGCGUGCCGUGGCGGAGCAACCGGGCGCGGGGGCGGCGGGAGGCUUGGGGGCGGGCCUCAUGGCCUUCACCGGCGCCACGCUGCAAUCAGGAAUCGACAUGGUCUGCGAGGUCAUCGAUUUUGACUCACUGCUGGAUGGCGCCGACCUGGUGAUUACCGGUGAAGGCCGCGCCGACCAUUCGACCAUCUUUAACAAGGCCCCCGUGGGAGUCGCCCGCCACGCUCGGGCCCACGACGUUCCGACGGUAUUGCUGGCUGGCGGCCUGGGUGCUGGGUACGAAGAACUGUACGACCACGGUCUGGCGGCCGUCGUCAGCAUCGCUGACCGCCCCGAUGACCUUCGACGUUUCCCUGUCCCGGACCGCCGAACUGCUGGAGGCGGCCGCCGAGCACACCCUCCGGCUCAUACUGACAGGAAAACGGAUGCCCUGAACCCGGCGCACUGUUGGACCUGCAGGCCGCUGUCAACUGUCCAGCCCGAACUGUGA